AUGACGCAUAGUGAAACACAACCUUUGUUAGAGUCAAACAGCUACCAAACACAACCCGAAAAUAAUGUUCAGGCAGACUUCCCCGCUGAAUAUCCAGACAGUCUCCCGGGAUCAAAUCAUGGAAAAAGUCUCAGCUGGGCCAGCGCGUACAUCUUAGUGGUUUCUCGAGUCAUUGGAAGCGGCAUUUUCGCCACGCCGGGAUCCAUCGUCAAGUCUGCUGGUAGUAUUGGGCUGACUUUGCUGGUAUGGCUUGUUGGCACGGUUCUAGCGGCAUGUGGUAUGGCGGUUUCACUGGAGUACGGGUGUAUGCUGCCUCAAUCGGGAGGUGAUACGGUCUACUUGGAGUAUACUUAUCCGCGACCGCGAUUUCUUGCGUCGACGUUGAUCUUUGUGCAAGCGGUGGUCCUCGGGUUCACAGCAAGCAACAGCAUUAUCUUUCCAAAAUAUGUUUUAUUUGCAUUUUAUGUCGAGCCGACAGAUCUGCAACAGACGGUCUUCGCUGUUGGACUUUUGACUGCCGUUACGAUCAUUCAUGGUGGGUUCUUGAAGACUGGAAUAGCGAUUCAGAAUGCCCUUGGUUGGGUCAAGCUCUUUUUGAUCGGCGCAAUGUCGUUGACCGGUGUCUGGGUCCUCCUUCUUCACUUCUUUGGAGGCGCUAUUACUGGUGGCCUUUACUUGCUGGCCAACGUAUCCUACCUACUGGUCGUUCCACUGGAAGAGAUUAAGAACAGUGGAGAGCUGGUGGCUGCUUUGUUGUUCCAACGACUCUUUGGUGAGCGCAUCGGCAGAACAAUCUUCCCACUUGCCAUCGCCAUUUCCGCCGCAGGAAAUGUAAUGGUGGUGACUUUUGCCUUGGCACGCGUCAACCAAGAGAUAGCACGCCAAGGGUUUCUACCCUGGCAAAAACUGCUUUCGUCCUCACGACCAUUUGGCAGUCCCCUUGGCGGCUUGAUUGUCCACUAUAUUCCUUCUCUGCUGGUGAUCACAUUACCUCCACAAGGAGAUGUCUACAACUUCAUCCUAGACGUUGAAGGAUACCCUGGUACAAUAUUUGGCUUAGCCGUGACCAUUGGUCUGUUGAUACUGCGAUACAAAGAGCCAUAUCGUGUCCGCCCAUAUAAAGCGUGGCUUCCAGCUGUGUUUUUGCGCAUUGUGGUAUGCCUCGCCUUGCUUGCGGCUCCCUUUAUCCCACCGCCCAAUUGGCAAGGUGACGUGGACUUCUUCUAUGCAACGUAUGCUAUAGUUGGGAUUAGUUUGAUUCUCUUGGCAAUCUUCUAUUGGUAUGUGUGGACUGUGCUUCUGCCUCGGUGGGGAGGGUACAAGUUGGUGGAGACAGUUGACACGCUUGAUGACGGCACAAGUAUUACCAAGUUUGAUCGAUCAUAUGAAGUCUCAUAG